CGUGCUCUAAGCAGUAGAAAAUGGUAGGAAAGAAAUGAAUAGUUGUCUGAAGAAAUGUUCAUUAGUUUUUACGGUUAUUGUAAUUAAUUACAAUUAAAUAUAAGACAGAAUCGUGAACGUUGAUGCUGCCAUAAAAAUAGUAGUCUCUAAGGAAUAUAAUGUCAAUGUUUAAUAAAUCUAUAUAUUAACUGUAUAACCUGUAUUAUUUUACGAAGAAUAUCUAUGAAUUAAGAGAAAAUGUUAUCUCACAUUACGUGCAGUGCAAGGAGAUCGUUGCAUAGCAAUUUAGCGUCGUACUGCCUCACUCAGAUCUAUAGAUCACGUUUAAAGAAUCAAGUAACGUUCUACUGUUCCCAGAGUCGGAACCCGAAAUUUAAUGCACUCUCUUAUAAUUCUUUCAAGAAAGAGGCUGAGGAAAAUAAAGAGGGAGAAGUAACUAAGUUUACACAGGGAAACAAUAAAUUGGAUAACAUUGAUUCGGCGAUCAGAGAGCGUAUUAAGAAAUUGUAUACGUUUCCACUGGCUGAUCUUAGAAACAUUUACAACGUCGUCAACAAUGAAUUUAAUAAGGAAUGCAUGUCGGUUACGUACGGAACAGAGACGCGCAACAGGAACAGGUGUACCAUUAACAUCACGUGGCCUGUUGAAACGUCAUUUUCUGAAGUAGCGACGAACAAACAGAGCGCUGCGCAUAAUGCAGCGCUCGCGUGUUUGGAAUGGUUACACAUGAAUAAAAGAGUAAGCAGAAAGAAACCUGUGCUGUACGACGAUAAGGACAUUAGACACCACUUAGAGGAUCAGGGAUUUGUCAACAUCAACGUAGCACCGGAAUGGAAGCAGGAGUUACGUUCACUGAUCAAAGACUUUGACGAUCGCAUAGAACCUGUAAUAACGGCCUCACCGAUCCCUGAAGUUGAGGAAGAGUCGAUGGAAGAAGAGAAUGUUUCCGAAUCGAACGACGACUUGUCAGAUAUGAUGUCGUAUAAGACGAAUUAUAUGUUGAGCGAUUACGUACAUAAAAAGAAGACCGAAGAUCUGCCUAUUACUAGAUAUCGAGAAGAAAUUCUCAGUAGUUUAGCAAAUAAUCAAGUCAUAGUUAUUAAAGGAGACACCGGCUGCGGCAAGAGCACCCAAGUUCCACAGUUCAUAAUCGACGACUACGUGGAACAAGGUAGAGGGAACGAGUGUAACAUAGUCGUGGCAGAGCCUCGAAGGAUCUCGGCUGUCUCUUUAGCUCACCGCGUUGCCUGGGAAAGGAACGAGAAUGUGGGCGACGUCGUCGGAUAUCACGUUCGAUUCGACAACGUGCUGCCACAAAUGGGCGGUUCGGUUUUGUACUGCACGGCCGGAAUACUGCUGCGAAGAUUGGAAUACGAUCCUACUUUGAAAGGAGUGACGCAUAUAAUUAUAGACGAGGCUCACGAGAGGAGUCUACAGACCGACAUAUUACUGAAAUUCUUCAAGGACCUACUGAAAACUCAACCGCACCUGAAGCUCAUAAUUAUGUCUGCAAGUAUAAACGCAGAAUUGUUUCAAGAGUACUUCGCGUGCUCGAUUAUCGACGUGCCUGGCAAGACGUACCCCGUCGAAAUGCAUUUCAUUGAAGAUAUACCCAUUUUUAAUAAGAACCAGGGAAAUAGAAGUUACUCCAGGGAUAUAGAAGUUCCAUAUGACAAAGUGGUACAACUGAUAAGAUGGAUCAUCGGUACUAAACCGCCGGGAGCAAUUUUAUGCUUCCUCCCGGGCUGGCAAGAAAUAAAGGAGAUGAACAAUUUGCUUGUCAACGAGGGCAUCAGGAAUCUGUUCAUAAUGUCACUUCAUUCCAAAAUACCGAUUAAAGCCCAGCAAAAGGUUUUCGAGCCGGUGCCGGCCAACAAGACCAAAGUGAUACUGUCUACGGACAUAGCAGAGACUGGCAUCACGAUCAAAGACAUCAGCUACGUGAUCGAUACGGCGAUUAAGAGACAAGUAGAAUGGAACGAAUUCAAGUUUUUGAGCAGUUUAAAUUUCAGUUAUAUAUCCCAAGCGAGCAUUUGCCAACGAAAAGGGAGAGCUGGACGUGUAAAGCCAGGAGAAAGCUACCAUCUAAUUACGAAAAGACAAUAUGAGAAACUGGACCCAUACCCAAAACCAGAAAUAUUGAAAAUUCCAUUGGAGGAAGCGAUUAUUAUUAGUAAGACGUUGAAGAACGAGAAAGCGUACGAUUUCUUUGGAGAGAUGAUCGAAACUCCUAGUAAGGUGUCCAUAAAUCAUGCGAUCAGCAAUUUAAUGAGGCUCAGCAUCCUCGACGAGGACGAGAAUCUCACGAGUUUGGGAAAACGUGUUUCAUAUUUCGCGUUGCAUCCGAAACUAAGUAGGGCAGUGGUAUUGUCCUGUAUAUUCCAGUGUUUAGAUCCUGUAUUAUCGAUAGCUACCGUGUUUUCGACCGCGAUGGGCCCUAGUGUUUCGCUGGACGAAACGGAGAGCGUCAACGUGGUUUAUAAAGAUCAGAAGAAAGAGUAUCAUAAGACGAGCGAUCAUAUCGCUAUCUUACAGUAUUACGACAGCCUGCAGCAUGCUAAGAAUCCAUCGCUGUUCAGUUUCUCCAAUGACACGCAACAAGUGAAAAGUACACACGCGGUGAAAAAGCUGUAUUUAUUACAUAUGAAUAAUCUCAUAAGCGCCGGGAUGAUCUCGUCAACGUUCGAUUAUAAGAAUAUGAACCUCUACGGCAAGAACAACGAGAUAAUCCGCGCGAUGCUGUUCGCCGGUACGAAUCAUCUGCUGAAAAGAAACUGUUACGGAUACAAGAAUGGAUGUUUCAUGAGCAACACGAACGAGUUCAUAACCGAGGACGGCGAGAAAGUUAAGCUCAAGACGGAAAGCGUGAAUUAUAACAGAAGAACGUGGCCGAGUGAUACGAUGACUUAUAUCAACAAGAUGGAAUUCGUUAAAAGGCAUUCGUGUUUAAUUACCGACACCAGCAUGGUCUCUCCGCUGACGGUGCUACUGUUCAGCCAGGGCGAGGCUUGUUACGAACAAAUGGACAACGUUUCCGAAGGUGAUGCUGUUAUUUCUAUAGACAGUAUAAGUAACGUGAAACUGUGCUGUGACAAGGAAGCUGCGGAUUUGCUGUUGAAAUUCCGGAGCAUAUUGUGGAACGUGGCGGACUUUAUAAUUAAGUAUGAAGGCGAGAAAAAUGAAGACAAUUUGAGUGUAGUUAAAUCGUACAAAGAAAAACUAAUGCCGGUGCUCUCGAAAAUGUUGUUGGAGUCCUCGAGAGAUAUCGAAGAAGAAAGUGACGACGACGAGGACUCUAUGAAAUAUUAGGAUUAUUUGUAUAAUAAAUAGUUUUAGGCGAAGUUUCUAUGUACAUAAAUUUAUAUGUAUGACUAUUUGUCUGUCGAUAAUAAGUACAUCGAUAGAUUUCCGAAAUAAAUCUGUUCUCUUUCUUUCCACCAUA